AUGUCCCUCCCCACGAGCCUGGCCACCGUCUUGCUCGACUCCCCAGGCUGGGCCUGGCUCCACUACAACAGUCACCUGGCUAUUAAUCCUGUGCAGACCAAGGCUGUGACUUCGUUCGUGUCUGCCGUGCUGGGGGAUGCCCUGGCGCAGCGACUUAGCAGGCCGGCAGACGCUCGACUGUGGAGGUACGACUGGGCAAGGACCGCUCGGCUGGCCUUCUUCAACGGUGCCUUCAUGGGGCCCCUGGGUCACUACUACUACGGCCUUCUGGACGAGAACGUGUUGCCGGACACCCCAAAGUCUGCGGCUGCCAUCACCUCCAAGCUGUUCAUCGAUCAGAUGAUGUGGGCACCCAUCUGCACCCUCAUCUUCUAUGUGUACAAGUGCUUCCUGGAAGGACGACCAAGGGACUGCAUCAAGGAGGUCAAGCAGAAAUGGGGCCCGACAACAUACGCUUCUUGGAAGCUGUGGAUCCCAGCACACAUCUUCAACUUUGCUGUUGUCCCCACGCAGCAGCGAAUACUCUACGCCAAUGUAAUCUCGGUGAGGCCCGAGGGGUGA